AUGACCAGACAUUUGAAAUUCGAGUGCGGUCAGGAACCGCGUUUCCAAUGUCCCUACUGUGAAUUUCGUAGUAAGCAAACAUCCAACGUGACCUCUCACAUAAGGAAUAAACAUGUAGGUCAAAGAGCUUACGUAGUGGAUCUUAAGUACGAUCUCCUAAUGAUGGACUCGUUCAUGAGCUUCGUAAGUCCAACAAGUGGUAAUAACGACGUGCCGACUACUACGGAACAAUUGCAGCACAAUCAGCUACCCCAAAAAUUACUCUACUAUUGUCCCAAGUGCCUCCAUGGUUUCACGUUGAAGAUGGAACGUUCUCUACGUUUGCUUUAUGGAAAUUAUGGUCCGACGAACGUUCAUGGGAAUAAUCAUCGUGACAAUAGGAAAGCUGAUGUUAACGUCGAAAAUCCAGUACGAGUAACUAGUACGAGACGUUGUCGUGAUAUCAAGAGGAAUAAUCAUGUCUGUCCUAAAUGUGGGAAUGGUUAUACAGUGAUAAAAAGCUUAAAACGUCACCUACGUUACGAGUGUGGUCUUGCACCACGUUUUAAAUGUCCAUACUGCGGUACACGAAGUAAACAAAGAGCUCAUGUUAACGAACACAUACGUAGGAAGCAUACUGGACAACAUACGAAGAGGAUCAAGGUCGAGGACGACUUGAAAAACUUGUGCGCGGUCGUGAUGGAGGACUCUAAGGAUUUCGAUUGCGAGGAGGAGAAGCCAUUGGUCGCUAGUAGACGAAGAAGUUCAUCUUUGCGUGAUGUGAACAGACACACGUGUUCAAAGUGUUCGAAAAGUUACAUUCAUGCAUGGCAUCUCAAAAGACAUACCAAAUUCGAAUGUGGUCAGGAACCGAAAAUACAAUGUCCUUAUUGUGCCGCUAGGAUGAAACAACGUGGACACGUUUAUAGACACAUUAGGCAAUGUCAUCGUGGACAAAGUUCAUACAUGAUCGUUGACGAUCAGGAUAGAAGAACGGAGGAAGAAAAUGAAGAUGAAGGUCGACGUAGAAUAAAUAGUGAUAGAGACAUAUAUGAAAUAUUUUGUCCGAAAUGUUUCAAGAGCUUUCAGUUCACUCAAGAUUUACGAUUACACAUGAUCACAGUUUGUGGAUUUCAAGCGAAAAGAAUGUGUCCUUAUUGCGAGAGAACCAUGAAUGGUAUCGAACAAAUUCAUGAACACAUUAGAAACGUUCAUCCAAGUCAUCGUAUCGCUGUAUUGGAGAUGAUGACUUCUCCGUGUUUAGAAAUAACUUUGGAAGAAGAGGAUUCAUCAAGACGUUAA